UUGAUGAACACAAAACGAAGUUGUGACUUUAAUGACCUUGUUUUGAAAUGUUAUUAUAAGAAGUUUUGAGUAAUAGUUCUUUAGUCGGAAAAGCAAAGACUUGAUGCUAGGUUUACGGGAAAAAUAUCACUCUACGAAGAUAUAGUACACGCUUGAUAAGCAAUGUCGGCGUCGUGCAAGUACAGAAACGACUUAUAUGGAUAUAUUGAGACGCUCACGUGCGAGUUCGGCUGCUGCGAGCACGGGUGCUGCACAGAGGAGCAAAUGAACGACAGAAAAGUGACCUCAGCAGAGCUCGGCUUGUGCAUUGGUGUUCCAGUGGCGCUCAGUCUACUAUUAUUCAUUCUGGUCAAGAUCAUUGUCUACUACUGUCAGCAGCGAAAGAUAAAGCAACAAGCAGCCUUCCUCAAACAAUUAAAUGAGGCCAGUCGACCCAGUCCAACAAUCAUCAUACACAUUGAAUCGGAUGUUGGGCAGUCGCGGCCGCAAGGAGGCGAACAUGAACUUCCUGUAGCCCAGAGUGUUCCCGCAUACGAGGAUGGAACCAAGGUCCCACCUUCGUUGGAGAAGGCGAUAGUUCACUCACUCGUGGCACGCCACUUUGGGAAAGGACACAGCGGCUACCAGCGGUUCGAGAAUGAGUAGUGUACGACCUGCACGGAUGAAUGACUGACUAAAACCGAAUAAGCGAGUGUGCAGAAUCGUAUUCCAUGGUCUAAAAUUGAAAGGAGAUGUGCGAUUAAAUACUAGAGAACAAAUUGAUUCAUUGUCAUAUUAUUAUUUCAUGUGUAUCACAUCAUCCUAUUAAUCAAUAGUUGAAACAAUCCAAGAUGAGAAAUGCACAUUAAGCGAAUUUGAAAUUAAUUUUGACUAUGUCAGAACAUUGUGAUCAAAUAUAAGCUUAUAUUUGUAUUGCAUUUAAACAGAAUAUGGGAGACUAGGGUUCGAAGCAUACGAAACCAUGAAGUUAUAUGCGGAGUUUCAAAAACUUCUAUUUUCCUGUUUAUAUGUUAAACAUCCUUCUAAUUUCAACAAUAAAAUACUAUUUGUAGUAACUUAUUACGCAAAUCACUUAAAUGUAACUUUAUAUUAUGCGUGUACCCAUGUAAAUUAAGUAUGUAAACGUAUUUACAACUAUAUAUACAUAUGCAAUAUAUAUUUGUUAUCUGCUGUUAAUUGUCAACGUUAAAGGAUAUUGAGGUCAGGUCUUACACCAUAUGUUUAUUGAGCUUUUAAUGUAUAUCGCCCGAAUAUCACUUGAUAAAUGGACCUAUAAUUAAAAUUGCAUAAAAUAA